AUGGGUAAAAGGCCCUCUGAAUCUAAGCGCAAAGACAAAGAUGGAGAAACGAAAGUUCUAUUCAAAAAGUCAAACGCAACCAUGUUCGUACACUCAAGAACUGGUUCGGCGACAUCACAGCUAUUUUCUAGAAGCGGUAUGCUACUCAUCAAGAAGAACUUAGAGAACAAUCACAAUUACUACACGGACAGAGGCAAACUUAAAAGGGAUUUGAGUGUUGAAACAGACUUUUGUAUAAUGCGCAGGUACUACAGAGGUAAGAAGAACAAAUUGUCCACACAAGACGGCUCCGCCAAGUCCAAAUACUCCACAGUAGUCGACACAGAAGUGGAAACUAUAGAAGAGUUCCCAGAUAUGAGUGCCUGUGGUGAUAAUGAUACUGAUAAUAAAAGUAAUCCACCUCUAGAUCUAGCAUCAGUAAUGCUAGAUAAUCUUAAAGAUCUCAUUAACCAAUGGAUUCAAAAACAUUUGCUAGAGAAUAAAGAUACAAAACAGAAAAUAGAUACAGUGUUGGAUAAUUUAAUGCAGAAGUUAGAUCAAAAAGGGAAUUUAGGAUCAUCUUCGGGAUCUACAUAUGUCCUGCACAGGGAAGCUACCAACCAAGAAGUUAAAAACAAAAAGGUUUCGACCGCGUCCAUUACUCGUCAAUAUUGCAAACAUUCACGUAAUGUAAAAGUUGGAUCUUCCAGUAACAUCAGUGAAAAGUCGUCAUCCCUCACUCUCCCUUUACAAUACAAAGAUAUCAGAAUUAUCUCUACUUUGAGUAUUCCAAGAAGUUUCCAUAAAAGGGGAAUGGAAGAAAAGAAAGAUGAGCACGGCUCUUGGUACAAGAUGAAGAAAAUCAAACAUAAGAAUAUAAUUCUUUCCAUUGAUAAGUCAAAUAAACUAAUAGAUUCAUCGAGCUACGAUUUAGUGGCGAUAUCUACUAAAUCAUUGACGAAAAGAUGCAAUUACGAUAUGAAUGUAAAGAAGAAAAAGCGUCAUAUUGUAUUUUUUCCAAAGCCUUUUUAUAAAAGCGCUACAGAUAUUUCAAGUACUACAAAUAAUGAACACUCCAAGAUUAAUAACAUUGAGAUUACUAAACAUCAUUUAGAUGAUAUGCCGAGCGUUUUGAAAAGCCUUUACUACAAUGAUCCUGUUAUAACAAGUACACUUGAUAAAAAUAUUCAAUAUGACACUAGAAAUGAUAAUUGCACCAUGACUGAAAAAAAUUCGAAUGAAUUAAUAAAUAAAGCUAGAUCUGAAAAGACAAAAGAUGGAUACGUUAAAAUAAAGAAUGGUAAAUGCCUGUAUGAGGGUGAUCAAAGCGAACCCAUCGUUACUAUUGAUUUUGUAGAUCAAAAAGUUAAAUAUCCUACUCCGAAAAAUUCCAAAACUAUGAAAAUUACUAAAGAAGAAAAUCUCAAAAUUAGUAAGAGCUAUAAGAAAAUUUCAGACAAAGGUAAAAUUAACAAACGGAAGAAGCGUACACCAAAUAAAUUGACCUCGAAUUUUAAAACACCCAAAUACCAAAAUAUUCACAACAAACAAUUUACGUUUCUCUACAAGAAAGCAAAUGAUCAAAUGUCUCAAGGCAAAGAAUUCAUGAAACAUUGUCAAAAUAUUAUCCAGUAUUUUGAAGAUUACAAUGGAAACAAAAAUAUCAAACUAGAUGUUCGCAUAAAUGUAUUCCCGAUAUUUGAAAAUAGGACCAAAGAUGUAUGUACAAAUAUUAGUAACGAAGCUUCUGGUAUUCAUGAUACUAUGGGUGGCCCUACUCUCCUGUACAAUGUGCGACCUACUCAAGAAUGUGCACCGGUACAAAUAGAUGAAGAAUCUUUAAAAGAUCCAACAGAAAACAGUUCAUGUAACUACGUUCCUGAAAUCAUUCCCCUACUUGAUGGCGCAGUUAGUCAAACUAAAUACAUUUUCAAUGAGAAUCCAAGAGAAAAACUAGACACAGUUUCUAAACAUAACAGUGUUAUAGAACAAGGUACUUUAACAAGUGAACUAGAGAUAGUGCAAGAGAUUAGUGAGCUUCGAUCAGUUAUAAAAGAUUUGGCUGCAGCAGCUGAAAAAUUUGUAAGUGAGCAGGUGAAAAGAGACUCGAAUAAGUCAAAUGCUCAACAAACCAACAUUUCGGGAAACGAAAGCAACAUUUUCAUAUCCAGUCCAAAAGCAGAAACAGCUAAUCAAAAAAAUCCAUCCAUAGCUGUACAAUAUUCCAGAGAGUUUAACGAGAAACAGAAACUGCUAUCGGGCUUGAAGAUAUCUAAAGAACCAAAAAAGAAAGACAAUUUUGAGUUUUACAAUAGACUCGCCAAGAAAAGCACUUCGUACCGUAUUAUUGAUAGCGAGUCUAUACUCAGAGUGACGGACAUGACAUCUAAAGGUAAUGAGUUUAACGAAUACAAGCUGAUGCAUGCUGACGAAGCUUUAACGUGUUGUUUACCUAAAUCAAGAUCUUUAUUUGAAAUGACAUCAGAUCAAAUACAUGGGCGAAAACUAAUAGCCAUGUACUGUGAUGGAUAUCAGAAAUGUACCCAAUGUCGUGUCUGUAGUGUGCAUCCAGCUCCAUCUUCAAGUUCAGAAAGUUCAAAAAGCACUUUUAAAAAUUGGUUCUGUAGGAAAAGGAAGGUCGACAGGUGUUGUGUGAAGAAGAAAGAAACUCCUCCUCCCGCUAAAAAAAAGAAAAAAAAGAAAGUCGAAAAGAGUUUAUCAUCAUGUGUGUGUAGAUUGGCUUCUAUGUCUGCAGAUUCGGAGCCGCAAGAGAAGCCAGAAAAGCAAGAGAAACCAAAGAAAAAAAAAAAGAAAGUAGAAAAGAGUUUAUCAUCAUGUGUGUGUAGAAUGACUAGUGACGCAGAUUCGGAUCCUAAUAAUAUAACCAUGUUGAAACCAGAGAGUCUAAAUUUUGGUUACUCUUCUACGAUGUCCAUUCCUCAAGAAAAACCGCAUGAAAAGGUGAAAGAGAAACGGAAUUAUUUGGAUGAAGAAAACAACAUAAGUGUGUGUUGUGACAUGACCAAGCAAAAAUGUAAGAAAGUGCGCAAAGGAAUGGGCUUCGGUGAAGGUUGUGUGUACUGUUUAUUAAUGUGGAUACCUAUCUUAAUCAUAUUAAUUUUGCUAUACGUAUUCGUGUUAAAAAAGAAUAUGAAUUACCCCGACGAAGUGAGGGUCGUCGGCCGACAAGGACCGGAGAGAGCGACAACCAGACCCAUUCCGCGGCGGAACCAGUCUUCACUCUUUUAUGUUAAACUUGCUGAUUUAGGAUUUUAA